AUGAAGGUGAAGGUGGUGAAGGUCCCGCCGUGGGAGCGCGACGCGCCCGAUGACAACGAGGACAUCCGUGCCUCCAAGCGCAGAUUCCGCGAGAAGCUGGGCAAGCAGGCCGCAGCUGAUAGUACGAAACAGGUCGCCUGGGGGCAGCGUAGCGGCUCUCACGGGGUGCGGAGGCGGCGGCGGCCACAGGUUCACGCGUGGCCGAGGCAGGCCGCGCCUGAUGGAGUCGUGGGUCGGGUCUUGUGCCCGGGUUGCCCCGAGACAGCACCCGCCCCGCCCUGCCCUGGUGGUGCCAGGCAGCACUGA